CAUACUAUUACUCGAUACAGCUGGAAAUUCAAAUCUGGACGGUUGUGGAAAUUUCGUCUCCACCCUUCACAUGCUUCAUCACUAAUCACUCCCUUCCCCCAACAAACUCUUACGGGAGAGAUUCCAAAGCUUUUCGCUUUUUUCCAAUUUCUCUUACUUUUUCUUCCAUUUUUUAAUUUCAUAAAAAAUCCUGGUCCUCCCAUUUUUCUAUUUCAUUUCCUUUUCAUGGCUGCCCUUUUUUGUGCUAUAAAUCAGCUACUCCUCUCCUUCACAAACCUCUUCUCUUUCCCCUCUUUGCUUUCCUCUUAAAAAGAUCUUCCUUGAUCUUCCCGAAUCCCCUCUGUUUUUUUCGCUUUCCUUCUUAUUUAAGGCUCUGUCUUUCUGGGCUGAUUUUUCGGUUGUCUUAAAGUUCUGAUAGUUUGAUUCCAGUUCUUAAAAGCCAUUUCUGUGCUAAUUCCUCAAAACCCAGUUGAUUUACCUUAUAUAAAGUUUCGAUCUUUGUAGGUUUUUCCAGUGAUAUCUGAUAUAUCCCUGAAAAAAAAAACUUGUUCUGUUCCCGGAGACUUGUUUUGUGUCUUUCAUAAAUCUUGAUGCUGCGUAUUUUGUUUCAUUUAUUUUUUGAGACACAUGUCUCCAGUUCUUAGUGAAGUCCUUCUUUCCGGUUUUAUGAUAAGUUCCUCACUGAGGCGCAGGACCCAUCUUGUUCAAUCUUUCUCAGUUGUUUUCCUCUACUGGUUCUAUGUUUUCUCAUAAACAUCUCUUUUGAAGUAUUGAGUUUUGAUCCAAAUAAAAUAAGUAGCUUUUUUUGCGUCCUGCGUCUUUCUGGGUGUUUUUUUUUUUUUUUUUUAAUAAUAAUUUUGUAUAUAUAAAAAGCUUUUUCGGUUUGUGUUAAAUAAUCAUCGCCCAUAUGGCAUCCUCUAGUGGAAAUUCAUCAGGUUCUGUUUCCAGUCAGAUUCAGAACUCUGGAUCUGAAGGAGACCUGCAACUAUUGAUGGAUCAAAGGAAAAGGAAGAGAAUGCAAUCGAACAGGGAAUCGGCGAGGAGAUCCCGGAUGAGGAAACAGAAGCAUCUUGAUGAUCUGACGGCCCAAGUGGCUCAACUGAGCAAUGAAAACAGCCAAAUCCUGUCCACCAUCAGCGCCACCACCCAACAGUACUUGAACGUUGAGGCUGAUAACUCUGUCCUCAGAGCUCAGAUGAUGGAACUGAGUCAACGACUUGAGUCCCUGAAUGAGAUCUUGAAUUACAUCAAUGGCGGUAACAACAGCAACAACAACAACUGUAAUGAAAUGAUGUUUCAGAGUAGUAGUAUUAUGGAUCAUCAUCUUCAGCCUAAUCCUGAAACCUUCAUGACUAAUCCGUGGAACUCCAUCUAUCCUAAUCAACCAAUCAUGGCUUCUGCUGCUGCUGCUGAUAUGUUUCAUUAUUGAUUUAUUGAUGAUUGCAUCAAGGAAUUGUUGGUGGUAGUUCAAUGGAGUUAAUGAGUAGCCUAUAGCCACCUAAAAUUUAUAUAGUAACUUGUUUUUAAGCCAUUUACUUAGUGGUGGUAGUUGAGCAGCAUCUGAGAAGAGUUUAAUAUGAUGGUGAAAUUGCUCUUUAGGAAGGAUGUCAAUAUCAAUGGGGAAAAAACAAAAAAAAAAAAAGUGGUGGAAUUGGCUUAUUAGUUAUUAUGUGCUUUGUUUAUGAUUCUAUUGUUGCAGGAAAUGGAAUAAGAUGAUUGGAUUAAUUACAUUAAAAAUAUCUGUAAACCUCUUUGCUGUUUCUGUGGUUCAAUUUCCGUUUCGAAAUCUCCCCCUUUUGACAUGAAAUUGAAACAAACAAAAAAGUGCAUCGUUGCAAUCAGCAAACCGCUGUAAUUCAUUCUUACACGCUCCGUCUUAAAACAGG